AUGAUCACCACCCAGACUCAAGAAGAAUCAGGGGGCUACGAUAACGACCCAGUAGCAUUACCUUGGGGCCCUCGACUGCGUGUAGAAUAUAGCGUCUCGCCGAAUGCUACGCACGCUUCGCCAUGGAGCAACUACUCGGCUUCUCCUGACCUCAUGGUCACAACUUCACAGCACGCGUCCCCUCAAUGCAAAUCAUUUGGUUCUACCGCAGCCUCUCCGUACAGCAACUGGAGUGUAUCGCCGGGGAUGAUGAUAACUACAUCCCAACAUGCAUCCCCAGCAAUCCCUUUUAAUUCUCCUCUUCGAUCCACUCCCAAGCGCACAGCAAUGCUUGCUGCUCCGCCAGUAGACUUGCACACAGGCGCUGCUCGACCGGCCUCAAAACCUCUCCCAGGAUUGACUGCCGUUGACGAAUCUCCAAUACUCUCACCAAACGGGAAUGAUGUCGACAGCUCCACCUUGGUGGAAACAACUCUUCAACGCCGGAUGGACGUGACAGACAGAUUGAUGGAAGCAUUUCGGAUGUUUCCAGCGCCUGCUUGCGACGUGCUAGCACUCUCUCUCAGAGCAUUCUUCAGCGAAUAUUCGACUUCUACGCUGAGAGUUUGCUGCGAGACACCAGUGGCACUGGAGAGAUACAGUAUCCAAGACCAACGAACUAUCCUCUCGCCCAAGUCGUCGAGAACCGGUGCUGGCCGAUUUUCUCAAAUCAAGACGGGAGGUAUUAUGGCGCAUCUCCGGGAUGCUGAUUCGUUGAUUACGGCAGUUCACCGGACGCCUUCGCGUUGUAGGUAUAAAAACUCUCGUCUACGGAUGUCGCCCAACGUUUUCACAAUCAUCCACCGCCUCGACGGUAAUGCCAGAGCUUUGGCUAGCUCGCACCUCAACGGGAUAUUCGACCUGAACCUGCGAUCCCUCGAAUCGCUCGAGCUUGAAAAUAUCAAAUGGCUUCCACCAAUAUUCCGAGGCUUUAGUAGUUCACUGAGGACAAUCUAUCUAUGCAGCUGCUUACUUCCACGGAUUCCAAACCUUGAAAACACAUACAGGCUUCAUCUCGAAGAGUUUUUCAAGUGGAAUCCUAUACACAGAAGAUGGCAGCGAGCAGGGCGGAUGGAGAUUUUAGGUGAUCUCACAGAAAUCGAAACCUGGGCAAAUUUACAGAAACUUACCAUUGGUUCACUCGCCACGCUCGUCGUCCCUCUUUGCCUCCCUUGCCUCCAUACACUCGAGCUCAUCCCGGGGGUCGACAGCACCGCGGUAUUCGCUUAUGUCUCCAACCUCUCCCUACAGAAACUAAGUACAUUCAUUAUGUCACUCCGGGCUGAUUCUCCUCUUAGACUCCCCCCAUCCCUCCUCAAGGCCACAAUCAUUGAACUCUUUACAAACGCAAGGAAAAUCAAAGUUAUUAAGGCACCGAGUACCUUUAUUGCUGCCAUCCUCAGUUUUCUAUUCCAGCGGUUCUAUUCCUCUUUCUCAUCCACAAACGAACAAACAGGCCUCACCCUGUUCGGGGACGACACCAAGGCUCAAAUACAGCUCAUGCGCGACAGCCUGGCCCAACUCUCAGCUGGGAGUACAUCUACAAGCAACAUAUUCAGCUCAGGGGUCACGAGAAUGCAGAGCAGCUCAGUACUAUUUCGCUCAAGUACUUUGGCCGUCCACUGA